UUAUAGCAUAAAUUUUUCCUUCAUUUAGAAAUAUUUUUACACAGAAAAUUUGCAUGUAAAAAUUAAAGUAAAAUGUGUAUAAUGUUAAGAAAUAUAUUAUUUUACAAAUAUGAAAAUUCAAUUUAAAUACACAUACAAUAUGAAAUCUUGUUCCCACGUAGGGUUAUUACCCUUCACUGAAACCAUUAGAUUUCAGAUUCAUUUCCUGGAGUUUCUAAUGUAACAUAAACAUCAAGUUGAUCUACAAAGAAAAGAAAAUGAACGAUUAGGUCACACAGAACGGAAUUAAAACAGAAAUCUUUUUAGAAGAUAUAUAAAUUAUUAAAAGUUAUCCAUAAAAAAGUAAAUUUAAUUCAUCAGAUUCAUAAACAUUAAUUUGAAUUCCUUUUUAUGCUUGUUUGUUAAAAAUCAAAAGCACUCCAUUAAUUGUUCCAUAGUAUUGCAGUGGCCAAACAAGAUAUAUAAAGUAUGUAUUUUUUUAAUACAUCUAGUAGAAAACCAUGAAGCAAUUCCAAUUUUAGACAAUGAUAAAUGACUAUUGUCUGAAAUACAGCAAUCUAUAUUAUUUUUUAUAACACUGCAUUUAUUGUCUGAUUUAUUGAAGUUACAGAGUUGUGACUUGUAUUGCAUGUGCACUGCACAAAGUUAAAUUUGAAUUUUUUUUACAUCAGUAAUUAUUGUAAUCACUAAGAUGUUUAAUGUACAUAUUCAAAAACACAUACAUUAGUUUCCAAAGGUAGCAGAGGUUGUUUUGUAGCAUGGAAUGCCAAGAUUGCUACAUCUGAGCAAUUAAACUGAAUCCAGGCAUUGUUGGCUGCAGAUGAGUAUGUAGCUGAUAUCCAAUAAUUUCUCAAACAUGCUUGAUAAGUAAAAAAUUAGAUGAUCUCAUUAGCCAUAUAGCAGGUUAAUACAUUCAAAUACUGUAUGGGAAUGGACAGUGUCUUAUUAAAAUAAACCAGUACUUCUUUGUUAUAGCGGCCCCAAGAUUGAAUCUUCUAUAAACAGAGAUAUCUGGCCACAUGUUCUUAUACCUCACCAUGUGAUUGUAUAAUUAGCACAGGCUGCACAUUCUUUUACCUUACCAUAUAAUCAUAUACUAGCAUCAUGCUACAUUUUUCCUCUCACCGCAUGUUCUUAUAUUAUUUAUUUUUUAUGAGGUUUUUGAAUUUGCAUUCUUUAUUUAAAAAUGUAUUAAUUUCUUUUUGUUGUGAAUAUGGUGUAAACAAUCUUAAAUUUAUGAAAUAAUGAGGUGGAUGCCAUAUUAUUUUCCAACAAAGAGAUUUUUUACCUGACGAACGAGUAUGCAAAAAUGGCCGCAACGUGAAACUUUAUAUUAAUGAUGAAACCAUUUCGAGGUGCAAUGUUAAAAAUUUCAAAAAGACGAAAGACCUCCAUGUUGGAAAUUGGUUUCAGUGGUUCCAGAAUAUUAUUUGUCACUGCUAUUAGAUUUAUGUAUUCUUGGGCAGAGGAUUUGACAUCCGUGAAAUGGUGUAACAAAAAGCUUAAUAUGUGUGAAAGUGUUGCUCUUGACUGGAACAAUUACAUGAACUAAAAUAGUAUGAAUAAGGAUAAGGUUCCUUAAGAAUAUUCUUAGGAAAUGACAUCUGAGUACUAUUGUUACAAUUAUGUAUUUUGUUGUUUAUUUUUACAUCUGUGCUUCGUGAGCUUGGCAAAAUUAUAGCUGAGAUCUUGGUGCAAAUCUAAAAUCACAAAAAAUGGUUGGUUGCUGCUGCUGUUCUAACAAAGAAGUAUUGAAAAAUUAUAUAACCCUAAUUUCUCCACAUAGCAAAAGUAUUGGAUCCUUCUCAGUCUGAAAUUAAGUGCAUAGAUUUUCUUAUUAAAUCUUGCUAUUCAACUGUAUUUAAUCUGAAGUGGAUAUUUUUUAUUUUUAAAGUAAUUAAUUUCUUGAGUAUAUGCUGUGAAUUAUUGUAUUUCAUAUUCAUUCAGUAAUUUGUUUAUUAUUCUGAAAGAUCAAUUUUAUUGCAGGUCAUUCAUAUCUUGAACUAUUUGAGAGGUCGAUUCAUUUCUCUUUUCUUACCAGAGGCAAUAUUUCCAUUAUGCAAGCAAAUAGUGAAUCAGAACGAGAAUUCUUUAAACGUAUUGUGUCAUAUAUAAAACUUGUUAAAUCAUUUGAAAACUCAGAUUUAUGGAAUGAAGCUCAAGAAUUAAUUCCGAUUGAAGAGUUAAAUAUUAAAGCUGCAAUAAAUUCAUCUGUAUUAGAAAGUAAAGGAAUUGAUGUUGACUUAGCUGAUCUUUUACUUAAAGAAUUACUUCAUUGGUUCAAAUCUGAAUUUUUUACCUGGGUAGAUAAACCAAAAUGCGAGAAUUGUGGUAAAUUACCAGAAGAUAGAGGCUAUGUACCACCUGAUGAUUCUGAAGAAAUAUGGGGUGCUGAUAGAGUAGAACAGUAUUUUUGUUCAUCUUGCAAUAUAUUUGUUCGAUUUCCUAGGUAUAAACAUCCUAAGAAGUUAAUGGAGACCCGCCGUGGUCGAUGUGGUGAAUGGGCUAUAUGUUUCACAUUCAUAUGUCGGGUAAUGGGAUAUGAUGCUCGAUUUGUAUGUGAUUGGAAUGAUCAUGUGUGGACAGAAAUUUUCUCUGCUACUCAGAAUCGGUGGCUACAUUGUGAUUCUUGUGAAAACAUUUGUGAUCAACCCCUUAUUUAUGAAAAGGGUUGGAAGAAACAAAAUAAUUAUAUAAUUGCUUUUUCAAGGGAUGAAAUUCAAGAUGUUACAUGGCGAUACACUUGUGAUUUUAAUGAAGUUUUAAAACGACGUACUUUAUGCAGAGAAGUAUGGCUGUGUAAUAUUAUUGUGUUACUAAAUGAUAAACUACAGAAGAAUGCUCCAGCAGAAUACAAGAAAAUGCUAUAUCACAGGAGAGCACUGGAGUUAGCAGAAUUUUUAACUCCACCAAAAUAUGAUGGAGAACAUUACAGUGGUAGAAAUUCUGGUUCGUUGGAAUGGAGGUUAACAAGAAAAGAGACUGAAGUUCCUGAAGAAAAUGCAUAUGAGUUUAAACUAUGCUGUCAAGAAAUUGACCAUCAACAUUUUCACAUUAAAUAUGACUGUGCCUCUGAUAAAUAUGUUCGAAUUUCAGAUAAUUUAGCUGAGACUGGAAAUUGGGCAACGUAUGUUUUUAGUUAUAAUAAUGUUUUUCGUAAAGUAGAACAUGAUUGGAAUACGGCAUAUUUGUGUCGCACUGAAGGUUCAUCAAAAGGCUUAAUAACAUGGAAAUUUAACUUCAAAGACAGUGGUCUCAUUAUUAGGACGUUAAGAGCAACUCUUAACAGUACAACAUUUGAAAAUGGAAAAGUUAAAUGGUUUAUAAGUACAGAUUCUGAGUUGAAGUUUUCAAAAAUUUAUGAAGCAAAAGAUGUUGUUCCUCUCAAGACUGAUGAAUUUAGGGGAUCAACUAAUUUGACAAUAACUGCUGAACUUGUAGAAGGUAGUGGAAAUCAAGCAUGGCAACACGCUCAGCUUUUCAGACAAACUUUAAAUUCAUCUGAAUUUCCUUUUGAGGUGGAGAUAUUUCUGGAUAAGCAAUAGAGUAUUUUCAAACUGCAUUUUUCACAUGAAAUUAGGUUAUUAAAGGUAUUGUUUAAAAUCAUGCGAAUAUUUUUUAUAAAUUUAUGUAAAUUGCUCAAAUUAUGUUUAUAAGCCUCAUUAAAUUUUUUAUGAAUUUUC